AUGACUACUGCUGAGAUUAUGUUCGCUAUUAAGGUUAUAGCUGCUUGGCAUUCAUGGUUAGGUUUUGGUUAUGGAAAGGAUGUGUCGGUAGGAGCGGAAGGUUUAAUCAACGGUCAGAAAAGAGGUUUUCCUUUAACUAGAUCGCUUAGAGAUCUGUAUCGUAGUGGGGAGAAGGUGUACGGUAAAGAUUUCAAGUUCCGUGAAGGUCAAUCUGAUUGUGCUAUGGAAAUAUACUCUUCUGAAACCCAUCUAUUUCCCAUCCAAGCUCUUCCAGAAUAUGGUAAAACUGCCUUAAUUCAACUCCCUUUGGUUGCUGUUGCUCAACAACAUAGCUAUGUCAUAUCCUUUGUUUUUGUUCCAUAUGUUGCUCUCGAAACCAAUAUGAGGUUGAGAUUGUCUACUGGUGGUUUAACUUGUGGUGCUGUUAAGAGUUUAUUUGCUAAUGGUCCUGCUGUUGCCGAAGGGGAUUUCAGGUGUAAUGUGUAUGUCGGUACUUUCAACGACCUGGCAUCAGAUAAUUUUAUCACCAUGAUGAAUAACUGGUACACAUUAUAUCAGAAUAUUCUCUUAGGUAUGGUUGUAAUUGACGAGUUUCAUAAUCUUGUCACUGAACAAUCCUACCGUGGCUCCACGUUUAAAUCUAUCCCUGAUAUAAAUUUUUCAUUAUCUUGGAAACUAAUUUGUAUGACGGGAACAGCAGGUAAAAACCUAAUGAAAGAAGGGUUGCGCUUCAUUGGCGUUGGUGAUUCUUUAACUACGAACAUUACUGGGUCUGGGGUUUUCUAUUAUAAUUAUGUCACCUCAGUUCCGUUGGUUAAUGUCGUCAAAACUUUUGAUUAUUUUGAUGACCACGAUGCUAUUGUUCAAAAGGUUAAAUAUGUUGUUACCAAAUUUCUAACCUAUGCUGACGAUACUAAAGUAAUUAUCGUUUGCAGGGAGAAAUCAACCGUAGAGUUAUUAGGUGCCGUUACUUUUUGUGAUUCAAUUUGGGUCCAUGGGGAUUUGCCUACCGAAGUUAAAGUUAAAAAAACUCAGGACUUCAUUCAGGAUUCUUCAAAACGAAUUCUGAUUGGCACAAAAUUGGUCUCAGAAGGUAUUGACAUACCUGAGGUGAAAAUGGUACUUAUUGUUGAUUAUUUGCCUUCUGUUGGAGAAUAUAUUCAAACUGCUGGGAGAUUACGUCAAGGUGGGUUGUGUUAUACGUAUUGGACCAGGAGAAGUGUAUGUGAAGAUGACAAGCAACAAGUUGAUCCCCAGAAGUGCAUCACCGACCAAGUUUCCAAAUUUUAUGGUCUAGACAAUAUCGGCCAUCAAUUAUGUUGUGGUAAUGAUGUUAAUAUUACCCAAGAACUGAAAAAUAUGGCUGACUACACCUUAAAUGUGGAAAUGACUACCAAUGAGGAGAAUGAUGGAGGAAUUGAAACCAUUGAAGUGGAACCAACCAUGGCCAAUACCAUCGAACCAGCGAAUAUUGAACUAACCAUUAACACUUUGCAUCCGCAAGUACCAAGAGGAGGGGAGUUGCAACUGGCACCCAAAAGAAGAAGAAUGAAUACAACAAAAGAUAUACUACAAAGUUUGUUUGGAAAUUGUACUAAUGUUUUUGAUUUUUCGGGACUUCCACAAGAGGCUAUCAAAUACUUACAUUUUUAUGGGGUAGGAGAAAGCUACUUUGAUUCUCCCUUGAAAAGUGCAGCUCAAACUUGCUACAAAUGCCUUGGUGAAAAAGUGGAAGGUUGUGUUUGCUGGAAAGAUAGUCAAAUUAGUAUCCGCAAAGUCGGUCUUGAAGUGUUGCUGUUGUAUAAAUCGGUUUUACCAGGUGGAUCGUUUGAUGGAGUGAAGAGGAAUAUUUUAGAUGGUGGGUUACACAGGGUUUUGAUACAAUUUGCCACAAAUAAGGUAAGUAUGAAAAAAUUAGUGGAAGCUAAAUUGUCCAAAUUCUAUACCGCAAUGAUUGGUUUCCGAAGGUUACACUACCCAGAAAGAGUGUUCAAACAUGACGGACAGAUGACCAGCACAUACAACAUAAUGUGGGAAACAUUACUCAAUCGUAAGUUAGAUAUCAUCUCUUUCUUUUCUACAAAGAGAAGUACGCUAACAUUACCCGAGUUAUGGUCCAUUGUGUCAGAGUCGUCAUUUGAUGAGAGGAUUGUUGCUCUAAGAAGAGUUGGUAGUAGCAGAUACGGGAGGUACGCUUUCGUUGUUCAACAUGGCGGUAGGAUUGACUAUUUAUUGGAUGCUAUAGGUUUCGAUUAUCUUGAUUUUAUUGUAGGUUAUGACCAAAACAAAGAUUUCAAUUCCAGGAAGGAAUAUAUUGGUAGGAAUUUACCUAAAAAGGCUCCGUCUGUGAGAGCUGAUAGGCGAUUAUACUCACGAGCCCAAAAGUAUCAGAAAGAAAAUGGAGCCUAA